AUGGCGGACGAAAGCACCCGCAAGACGGUGUCCCAGAUCCCGCUGCUGAAGACGCACGCCGGGCCGCGGGACCACGCGCUGUGGCCGCAGCGCCUCAAGGAGGAGUACCAGGCCCUCAUCCGCUUCGUGGAGAACAACAAGGCGGCCGACAACGACUGGUUCCGCCUGGAAUCCAACGCGGACGGCACGCGCUGGAGCGGCACUUGCUGGUUCGUGCACGAACUGCUGCGUUACGACUUCCGCCUGGAGUUCGACAUCCCCGUCACCUACCCGGACACUGCGCCGGAAGUGGCGCUGCCGGAGCUGGACGGCAAGACGGCCAAGAUGUACCGCGGAGGCAAGAUCUGCCUGACGGACCACUUCGCGCCUCUGUGGGGCCGCAACGCGCCGCGUUUCGGCCUGGCUCACCUCAUGGCCCUCGGACUCGGCCCUUGGCUCGCCGUUGAAGUGCCGGACCUCAUCGCUAGGGGGCUCGUCGUGCACCGGGAGAAGCCCGGCCACUGA